CUUGGAAUAUGUUUCAACAAACUUUGCAAUGUUGGUCACAGGUCAGAGCUAACUGUCAGACAUGAUGUUCUACACGCAACUCUUCACCUCCAAGAGGGGACCGCUAGCCAAAAUUUGGCUCGCAGCUCACUGGGAAAAGAAGCUCACUAAGGCACAUGUGUUUGAAUGCAACUUGGAAACAGCCAUCAGAGACAUAAUUUCCCCAAAGAUGAAAAUUGGUUUGCGGACAUCUGGGCAUCUGCUCCUCGGUGUGGUCAGAAUCUACUCCAGAAAAGCCAAGUAUCUCCUUGCAGACUGCAAUGAUGCCCUGGUUAAAAUUAAAGUGGCAUUCAGGCCAGGACAGACAGAUUUGCCGGUGGAUGGGCUCGAGGCCACAACAAAAGCCAUUACCUUGAUUGAAGACUUCACUGCUUUUGAUUCCCAGCUGCCACACUCCAGUGACACAGAUGUUGUGGACCACUUUUUCCUGAACCAGAGCCGAUCAGAGGAAAUCACUCUGAAAGAGGACUUUGGAAAUGGCUUUCUCAGCCUGGCAGGCACUGGAAAUGAGUCCCAAAGCAACCCAAAUGCACUGCUGGAGAUGAACUUCCAGGCAGACAAAUUUGGGGAUGAGGAUAAUGGAUGUGACCUGCUUGACUUCUUAGCAAACUCCAGUAAUGGUUCUCAGCCCACAGACUUCAUCCUGGAUGAGCCACAGAAUGAUGAUCUAGAGAACUCUGUACAAAAUGAUCCACAAGUUGCUGAUACAAGAGAUCCCAUGCAUGUUGAGACCUCUUCACUAAGUGAGACCACCCUGCUUCCAAAUGAGCAGGCGGCUUUUGCCCUUGAACCUGUGCCCAUCACUCCAAACUUGGAGGACACGAGGGGGAAGAGAAAACGCAAGUUGGUGGUUGACCAGACUAAAGAGCUGAGCAACAAACUUAUGAAGGAACAGCUUUCUGACUAUUCAGAUCUGCUUACUACCUUGGACUUGGCCCCACCGACUGUGCAGCUCAUGCAGUGGAAGGAGAGCGGAGGUGCUGACAAACUCUUUGCACAGCCGUGUUCCACUGUAAUAGCUCCACAGAUGAAGGAGCUGUUUGCCAAGAGUGUCUUCCAGGUGAAAUCUUGCAGUGUGAGUGAGGGGGUUGAGGAAAUGCGCCAGGAAGGACAAGAAGGCCAGAGGGAUCUGAGUGCUCUCACCACAGAGAACGUCAGUGUCGUACAUUCAACAACUGAUCGCGAAAUAACACACCACACUGAGCUGACAGUCUUUGAUCCCAUGAACGACAACCAACCUGAGAAUGACUCACAGCUCCCACAUGAUGCAAGCAGGUCAGAGUUCACUCGUCCAGAACUGCCGUCAGAAGACUCCAUGUUUGUCCAUCCAUCUUACUUGGAGCAAGACACUCAGUCAACUUCCCUCCACACUCAGUCUAUGCUGGACAGCCAGGACUUUGAAGAGAGGAGGAUAACCAGGCGAGCACAGAACCUUCUGAACGCUCUGAAACAGAGCCAGAGCAGCAGUGACCCCACGUUCAGUCUGCAGGAACUCUGUGAAGGAGGCUCUCGCUCUCAGGCUGCUACCACAUUCCUCUGCUUCCUGUUCCUGUCAAAACAGCAGACCCUCCGCCUGCACCAGAGCGCUCCCUAUGAGGACAUCUUGGCCACACCUGGACCCAAGUUCUACAUUUAGUAAAGCACAAAUCUGUUUUAUACGUUGAGCUUGGACUCAUGGAACAGUCGCCGUCGUGGUGCUACUGAAGUACCACGUCUGUGUUUCUAUGCCAAAGUAAAAAUAAUUUAACUCAGGGAGGUUUCUGGGCUGAAUAGCAGGAACAGCUAGAAAAGAAAAACCCGUGUGUGUCUAAACUUGUACUUGUUUUUUGCCUGUUCAUUACACUUUCCAUUUGUGAGAAUUCAUUGACGGUUUCAAUGAAGGAACCUUUAUUCUUAACUUUGUCAUCAGACUAUUUUUGUAACGUCUCUGACUGUAAAUAUUUCAAAGUUCUGAAUAUGUAGUUCUACAUGAUGCUUUGAAUGUAUCUAUUUUAUUUAUUGUUCAUUUAUAUCUGCAGCAUGUCAUCGUACAGCCGUUCUUGAGGUCUUUUAGGACUGCACCUUCCUUCCUAGUUAAGAUUUUACUCCAGAUUCUGUUGUAUUUAAAAAACACAGGAUCAUUGUGUUUUAUGUUACAGAGGAAACAAAGUCAUCUAUUCAUUAUAAGCAAAUGUUGCAAAUUCUUUGCUUUAAAGUACAGGUAAUACUGACAUUGAAGUUAACGAAUGGCCAUCUGUUCUUUAUUCUUCAACACUUAGUUUUAAAAACAUCUAUGUAACUUCGCUCUGUUUUGGCAUUUAUGCCAAUUGCAAAUAUGACUUUUUUUUAAUAGAAAGGUUUGUUUUAUGUUACUGGCAAUUCAUACAGUAGACAAUUUGUUGAAUAUUUUAAAUUUUUAUUCCCUUUAACUCAAGUCCAGAAAACUGAGUCAUCAGUGACAUGUCUGUACAGCGCUGAGCUGCACUGCUGGCACCAACUGAAGUGUCUGAUGUUAAAUUAUACGGAGUGAAAACACUCAUGGAGCUGUAUUUAUUUAUUUAUUUAUUUAACUUUCAUCUUGACAGAAUUUUCAAUGACAUCCAUUCCAUGCAGGCCAAGCAGCAAACAUUAGAGGGACAGUGAAGUGCUUCUCACAGAACCUUACAAGAUAUUGCUAAUUAUCUUUUCUGUCUGUGACUUGAGUUCGUUGUGUAAAUAGAGUUGAGAAUUUAGAGUUUGAGGCUUUUGUGUGUAACUGUAAAUCUGUUGUUCUGGGAUAUGUCAUCAUAGGUUAUAUUAAAACAAAUACAUACA